AUGGUCAAGGUGGAUACAAUCAAGGUGGAAACAAUCAAGGUGGAAACAAUCAAGGUGGAAACGAUCAAGGUGGAUACAAUCAAGGUGGAAACAAUCAAGGUGGAAACGAUCAAGGCGGAUACAAUCAAGGUGGAAACAAUCAAGGUGGAAACGAUCAAGGCGGAUACAAUCAAGGUGGAAACAAUCAAGGUGGAAACGAUCAAGGUGGAAACGAUCAAGGUGGAAACGAUCAAGGCGGAUACAAUCAAGGUGGAAACAAUCAAGGUGGAAACGAUCAAGGUGGAUACAAUCAAAGUGGAAACGAUCAAGGUGGAAACGAUCAAGGUGGAAACGAUCAAGGUGGAUACAAUCAAGGUGGAAACAACCCAGAUCAAAACUACACUCCAAACAUCCCAGGGCCCACAACCCCGGCUCCUUGCUGGGAUUAACCCCGCAGGUGAGGGCGCUCAAUUUCUCACGUUGUCACCAAUCAUCACCAUC